CGUCAAAAACUCCUCUUGUAAAGUUGACCACUGCGACUAAUUCAGAUGCAUUUAAUGCUGAGGCACUGUCCAUUUUAAGACAAAUGAAUGCUAACAUUAAUAAAACAAAUAAGACAGUGGAAGAAUUAACUGGUAGAGUUGAUGCCUUGUAUAAUGAUGUUGAUGGAGGUGACUAUGACUUGUCACAGGGUAAUGGAAAUGAUGACUAUGACGUUCAAGAUUGGGAGCAAGAUGACCAGUAUGCUCCUGAUGAUCAGAGGUCUUUGUCUGGAGAUGAUGAUGAUGUUUUCAGUCGAUUUGCAAAGAAAUUUCAGAAGUCGGACUCUGUUGCUCCUGAGGUGUCUGAAAAAUUGGCUACUGUUGUCAACAGUACAUUUAGAGAGGGCAUGUCGGAUGAACAUUUUUGUGAUGUGUCUAAGAACAUUUUACGCCCAAGUAACUGUGAAGCCCUCAAAGAAACAAGAGUUAAUUCAGGUGUUUGGUCAGUUCUGAAGCCAACCACACAGACAGAGGACUCUAAGAUGCGAGGUAUUCAGAAUAGUAUCGUAAAAGCAGCCUGUAACAUUGUGAAAAUUAUGGAUAAAGGCAGUCAAAUGUUCGAUGAUGAGAUGUUAGUUUGGGGUACUGAUGCAAUUGGUCUUCUAGGACAUGCAAAUCGAUGGAUUAAUAUCUGUAGAAGAGACUUGCAUAAGAGGGAUAUGGAUCCGAAACUACACCACCUUUGUUCACCCAUGGUUCCUUUCACAGACCAACUUUAUGGUGACUCUAUGAUCAAAGAUAUCAAAGAUAUCCAGGAGCUCAAUGAGAUCAGCAGAAAUGUAGUUAGAGGUGGUGGUAGUGGACGCUUUAGAGGUCGUCAGUUUAGAGGCCGUAGGUUUCAACCUUACAGUAGACGUGCACCUUCUGGGCGUAUGAGAUCUGGUACUGGUAGAUCCCGACAAGGGAUGAGAGAUCAGAAGAAGUCUACCACUUUCCAGGCAGCCUAAUUCCUCGUGUGUUGAUGAAGCUGAGAGAGGAUGCAGGCGAGUGUAUUCUUGUAGCUCCUUUGUGGACGACCCAGAGCUGGUUUCCGGCUGUAAUGGAAAUGUUGAUUUCCAGUCCUUACAUUCUUCCGAAGGAACGGAAUUUACUGACGUUACCAGGAACAGUGAAGGUACACCCUUUG